GCUUGAACGAAACUUUCAUGUCCCUUGUUACAAGAAAUAACUGGAAAACUUUGCUUCGAACUGUCCAAAAAACCCGCUGGUUUUCCAAUGCUACAUCUUCCUUCGGCCAGGUCAAACCUUCUCUGGAUCUCGAUCCCAGUCUUCAAGCUCUGUUGAAAGAUGUCGAUAUUUCCUUGACUCGUCACAAGGUUUCUGUUCCUUCACAUCGGGAACUUGAUAUAAUCCCUUCAGAGUCUAUCGAGGAAAGCCGGAAUACCGAAAUUCCCGUUCCAGAAGACUCUUUGGAAAGGAAAUCUCCAGCAGCAAUCUUUGGCAGCCAGAGAAUUGGGUCCAUAAUUUUGCCCGUAGAAUUACAGAAUUCUAUCAAUCUCCUGAUAUCGACGUCGGACAAAUCAUUGCUUCAUAACGACGCUAAGCGAUUAUUCCAAGGAGGAGACAGCGAAAACGAGGAAAAUGCGGACUGGGGCUCCAAAUACGAGGUCAAGUAUCGCUCGCGACAUCAAGCUUCACGCCAUUCAGAUCGUGAUGGGACCGCGUUUGCCUCAAUCGCGCUUCCAGCACAUUAUUCCGCUAUACGUGCAGUGUUAACUCACGUUAAACAUCGUCUCAGGCCUGAUUGGAUCGUUUCAAAGGUAAUUGACUGGGGAGCAGCAACAGGGAGUGGACUCUGGGCAUCUGCCCACACCUUCCAACAAGGUGUCGACGUUUCACAAGAUAUGGAAGGCUUGAAGAUAUCUGAUACCUCCCUUCAAACCUACAUUGCUAUUGAUAAAAGGGACGGGCUCGUUACUAUUGGUAAACGCCUACUCCGAGACCUCGAGAAGGACACGCUGACCGUAAUAUGGCAAAGAGCAUUCCAUGAUGAUAAUAAAAUGGCUCGAUCCCUCGGCGAAGAUACCAUCGCCUUGUCGGCUUUCAAUCUAACCUCUCUUCCCACAAACAUUGCUCGAAAAUCUCUUGUCAAAGAAAUGUGGGAGAGCGGUGCUCAUACUCUGAUAUUGAUAGAUCAUAACACCACGAGCGGAUUUGAAAACAUCGCGGAAGCAAGAGAGCUUCUCCUGAAAAUGGGGAGGAAAGAGAUGGAAGACCCGUCCACCGAGGAUUGGUCUAUCCGAGGAUCUCACGUGGUAGCUCCUUGCCCACAUGACGGUGAAUGUCCCUUGCUUCACCCGGGCACCACACAAUUGGCCUGUGGAUUUUCUCAACGCUUGCAGAGGCCGUCGUUUAUACGUCUCACAAAACACUCGACUGUUGGCCAUGAGGAUAUCGGUUAUUCUUAUGUCGUCAUCCAACGCGGAGCAAGGCCUGUUCGUCCUUCAAGCAAAUCGGGACGAAUUGGAGCAACGGGAAAAAGGGAACUCGAUAGGAAAGCAGAAUCCCAGACGAUUAUGAAAGAGCUAAGACUGCACGAUGAAAAUAAUGUAGGCGAAAUGCCACCAGAUGCACCUCAUGCAGUUGAACUUUCAAAUCCACUACGGGUGCCUCUUGAUUACGAGCUUCAGACAGAAUUACGAAAAGAAGCUUACAGCUGGCCUCGUCUCGUCUUCUCACCUUUAAAGAAAAGUGGUCACAUCAUCCUUGAUGCUUGUACACCGGAAGGGAAAAUAAUGCGCCUGACAGUCCCAAGAUCUCAAGGAAAGCAACCGUAUUAUGAUGCACGAAAGUCGAGUUGGGGUGAUUUAUUUCCACACGAGCCUAAGAAUCCACCGCAGGAGCGCUAUCAGCCUCGCCGAGCAAAGCGCGACGGUAGCAUUGGCCCAGUGAGAGGGGCAGACAUUGGCAAGCGUCGAACUGUCGAGGAACAGACCCGGAUAAGCUACGAAGCCCUUUCGGAGAAUAUCAAGGAGAACAGGAAAAAGUCGAGAAGGGAUAGGAUUUCGCAAGGGCUCGAGAACGACAGUGUUUAAGUAACCACCCUCUACUCAAAUUUAUCACUACUACACAUGGAAGAUUGUGCGUAUACUUAUUAACGGUUAAUAAUCUGCUAUACGAAUACCAGGGCCUCUAGUUGAGCUAAGUAGAACCUUGCUGAUGACCACUAAGGAGAGAUUACAGGUAAGCUUUCAGUGGAAGUGUGUUUUGAAGGUUCUACCUGGUUUUUUAGUUUCUUUCUGCCGAUUGUCUUUGAUGUUUCCUGUUGCCUUUUUGACAGAGGCCAUGAAGUGUCUGAAAUUCCGUACAACCUCGUCGGCAGAGAAAUGCAUCUGUCGGUGGGGUUGGUCAGACUUGGUCAGAGUCAUAUAAGUUCAACGAAUUGGAUAAACCAACCGAGCCUAUAGGCAUAUGAAUAU